AUGACGGGAGAUUCGUGUGGAAGAGGAGGCGCAGGUUGGACUCUCCCCACUCCCGCCGGCCCCGGUGAGCCGGGUGGAAGGCAGGAGCUAGACGGCGCACCAAAGUUCCCCUGGGCCAAGACGCUGCCCCCAGCUCUUCCUAAACAGCAGGGACGGCUCCGAGCGAACGCGAACACGUGGGACUCAAAAGUUGGUCUCCCGCAGCAGCCCAGGGACGCGGUACUGGGUCCACCCCUACUUACCAGGCGCGGGGCCCCGAGGGCGGACUGGGCUUCGGCUGGCGGGGUCCAGCCCGAGUGCGGCGGCGGUGCGUCCGUGGGCGAGGUCGAGGGUCGCGCUGCCCUCCCCUCGGGCUCCGGGGCAGCGCAGCGGCGGCAGAGAGAAGAGACGCCAAGCCGGGAGUUCGGGCUCCGCGGGGAGCCGGGCUCCACUCUAGGCGUCGGGGCUCCUGGGGAACACGUCUCCUCUCCACUUGCUGCCCUCCCCUCGGGCUCCGGGGCAGCGCAGCGGCGGCAGAGAGAAGAGACGCCAAGCCGGGAGUUCGGGCUCCGCGGGGAGCCGGGCUCCACUCUAGGCGUCGGGGCUCCGGAGCAGGCGCCUGGGUCGCCGGCGGCCGGCCGGAGCGUCCUCAAGGGCGGCGCGGGCGGCGGACUGGGCGGGCACUGGCGGCGGCGGCGCGGGAGGGAGGCGAGCGGGCGGGGAGACCGGCAGGGCGGCUCCGCCCCGCACGCAGAGAGCGCCGGGCCGCCGGAGCAGCAAAGUGUGCGCUCUCCAGGGGAGGACUUUCUGGAGCCCUCCCUGUCUAGUAAUGGCACUCUGAUCAUUGCCAUCUGUCUUUGCUUUGCAGAUGUCAUCAUUGAA